CUGAGCAGGGCAAGGCCGGGCCCUGCCCGAAAGGACGCCAGAGUCCUUCACCGGCCCCUGUGCCCCAGAGCCCACCAGGCUCUCCUGCUGGCCCCACCAUGACAUCCGAGCCUAUCACCCCAGUGGUCCCACCUCUCCAUUCCCCCAAGUCUCCUGUCUGGCCCACGUUCCCCUUCCACAGGGAGGGCAGCCGGAUCUGGGAACGCGGUGGCGGCAUCGCUCCUCGGGACCUGCCCAGCCCUCUGCCUACCAAAAGGACCAGGACAUACUCAGCGACAGCUCGGGCCUCAGCUGGCCCCGUGUUCAAGGGCGUCUGUAAGCAGUUCUCACGCUCACAAGGCCAUGGCUUCAUCACCCCGGAGAACGGCUCUGAGGACAUCUUCGUGCAUGUUUCUGACAUCGAGGGGGAGUAUGUCCCCGUGGAAGGCGAUGAGGUGACCUACAAGAUGUGUCCCAUCCCACCCAAGAACCAGAAGUUUCAGGCUGUAGAGGUGGUGCUCACCCAGUUGACCCCCCACACUCCCCACGAGACAUGGUCUGGCCAGGUUGUGGGAUCCUAGGCAGGUGUGUGUGUGUGGGGGGGUUAUCCCCCACGCGGAGGCAGGCAGCAGCCAGCUCUGUGCUCCCAGUGUGCUGCUGACCAGCCCUUGGGUGUGCUCGUUUGUCUGUCUGUCCGUCCGUGCUUGUGGCCGUGAAUGUGUGCUUCUACCCACCUGUGACCCACGACUUGUGUGAUCCGGCCUAGGGCUGGAUGGAGCGCAGCCACCAGUUAGUUCUGCCUUGGCUUGUUUCUCCUUCCUCCAACCCUGCCACGGAAACACAGGACCUUCUCGCCCUCCUGCCCACUUAUCUAUACACUGAGUCUCUGUGGGUCUGUGUCGUGUCCCUGAGAAGCCAGAGAGACCCCUCUCCCAUGAGCCUGUUCCUUGCUGUCCUCAGACCCACUCAGUCCGGUACCUAGUCCUGUCUGCUUGAGCGCCCGUCUCCUGUGCCGGACCUGGGUGUCUGCUGUGGCCUGGACCCUUCCUUUGAGGAGCCAGGCCUCUGAGUGCUUUGCAGGGGCCUCCAACUUUAGCAAGAAGGCAAAACACGGAGGUUCAGGGCCAGCUCAUCUCCCGGACCCGUCCUUUCAGUGCCCUGGAGAGAACAGAGCCGGGAGCAGGAGGAAACGUAGGUGCUCCUGUCGCAGACCAGUCCUCCCUCCUCAGCCAGCAGAGGCUCUUUGGAAUCCCAUGGACCUAGGUUCCUCCCUGAGCUGGGGGAGCCAAGCUCAUUCCGUCCCCAAGGUGAGCUGGGGACAUGGUUUCCUCCAGCUCGGGCAGAACCAUCCUUUCCAUCCCGCAAACUCUGUGGAUGUCCUGCCCAGUGCUGGCCAUGACAGCGGCGGCGGAGGGUGCAGCAGCGGACUGACAUGUCACCCCAGACAAGGCCAGGUCCAGGCACCCGCAAGAAUUGUCCUCAGCCAGGGAGACCACUGGCCUUGCCCCCCCCCUGCCGCCCCCAAUUAGACCCUCUUCCCAAAGCUAUACAAUGGCUCCUAUAGAUCCCUGACAGGUCAGUAGCUGAGCUGGCUCUCAUCCAUUCCUCAAGUGUGACUGCCCCUCUUACCUGGAGUCCCUCUGGGGCUAAGAUGUAUCCCUUCUAGAGAGCCCAUUACCUAACAUGAAGAUAGGCGGGAUCACAGACCCAAGAAGGGCCUGCUACAACAGCGACCCUUAUGA